GACACACAGCGUCGUCUGUCACUGUUACAGUAAGGAAGCCGCAAGCACGAUAUAGAAGCAGGUGUGCCCUCAGGAGUGUCUGGGAUGUCGGUAACGGUGGCCAAAAACAAGGGGGUGACGGUGGUCACCAUCGCAGCCAACGGAGACAGCACUUGUCCAGCGCUGUGGGAAAUCUUUAAAGCUCUUUGCUACAGCCCGGCAUGCUGCUCCGUGUCCCCAGAGAUGCUGCACGCCUGUGUGCCGGCUGCUCUCGGGACUCUACAGAUCAUGGUGGGCCUCUUCAACAUUGGACUGGGGCCAGGACGCACAAGCACACAUCCUGACGAUUUGGCCAAUUUGGGAGCUGCUUACUGGCUUGGUGGUGUGUACAUCCUUUCAGGCAUCUUGUGCCUUUUGGCUGGAGUGUAUCCUUCCCCUUGCUUGGUGGGCUUCACCGCGUUCAUGAACAUCGUCGGCACUAUCUUUGCCAUCACUGGCAUUGUGCUGUAUGCCAUCGACCUGAGCGAGGACUCUCUCACCUGGAUGUGCAGGUCUUGGAACUACUACAGUGAUUAUGGUUAUGGUUAUGGUUAUGACGGAUACUAUCGCAGAUACGAGACAGACACAAGUGCAGAAAAGGCGAUGCAACUGAAAAUGAAGCAGCACUACGAAGACAACUGCGACCGUGUGGUGUUCUUUGCCCAGAGGCUGCUGAUGUCCAUGGACAUCACCCUGAUCAUCCUGGCCGUUCUUCAGCUGUGUGUCAGUGUGAGCGUCGCUGCUCUCUGCAUCAAGGCUUUGAUCAGACGUGUGGGGAGCAGUGGAGAGGGGGGCCAGGAUGUGGAGCGGUAUAAGCCGCUGCUAAAGGACAUCACCAUCACCGCUUAAAACACACCGCCCUACUGAACUUUACGUCAUGGUGUACUACAAAGGCAUUAUAUUAUAAAUAGCAAUAUCCCUCCAUAUCAUCUUCUCUUACGCAAUGAUUUGGGGACAGAAUCAUCUGGGUUUUCUUUUCUUUUCUUUUAUCUAGGUUUACACCUAUGUAUUAUUUUUCCAAACUGCAUUAUUUUGUGAUGAUAUAUAUAUAUAUAUAUAUAUAUAUAUAUAUAUAUAUAUAUUAAUUAUAUGUAGGUCACGGAAUUCAUGGAGUGUCAUAGUUCAUGCAUCACAGGGCUUUGUAUAGAAAAUUCUCACUCUGGAUCAAUGAAAUUGGUAUUUCACAAUGUUUAAGUUUGUCGAAUGUUGAAAUAUUUUCCACUGCAGUAGCAUGGGAAUGAAUU